AUGGCCGGGUCGAUUCCAUACCUCGUGUCUUCUCUGGGUACGAUCGUCCUCGCUCGACAAGCCUCGAUCGCCAGUGCAGCCGAGACCAUCAACCCCGAUGACCUCCACGCCAUCCUCUCCAACCUCCACACCCUCGAACACGCCCAAAUCACCUACGGCGCCACCCUCCUCUCCUUCCUCGGUGCCAUCCACUGGGGCUUCGAAUUCUCCAAAUACGGCGGUGAACAGGGAUACAAGCGUCUUGCCCUCGGUAUCGCCCCCGUGCUCUUUGCCUGGCCGACGACCUUCUUGACGCAUGGUGUCGCCCUCGCCGCGCAGUGGUGUGGUUUCACCGGUGCUUGGUUCCUCGACCAGCGGGCCGCGACGGCCGGAUGGACACCGCCCUGGUACUCGACUUAUCGGUUCUACCUCUCCCUCGCUGUGGGAUUUUCUAUCAUUGCUACUCUUUCUGGUACGAGCUUCUACGGUGCCGGGGCAGGGUCUGAUGUGGACCCCGACACGAAGCGGUUCUACCACACGACUGAGCGGGUGUCGCCCCUUGAGAGGUUUAAUCGAUUGAAGGAGAGGUAUAAUAAUGAGUCGGCGAGGAUUGAGGGAAAGGUGAAAGGGGAUGUGUAUGUGGAGGAGGAUAAGGAGAGUUUCCUUCGUCUGAGGAACCCGGUGAAGGAAGAGGAGCAGAGGAAGGAGGCAGAGGAGGAGAAGAGGGAAGAGGAAGAAGCUGCCAAGAAGAAGGAAGAGGAGCAGAAGAAGAAGGAUGCGGAGCAGGCCAAGAAGAGCGACCAGAAGGGAAAUGACGUAAAGGAGCCCAAGAAGGACGAGGGUGAGAAGAAGGAAGAGCCCAAGAAGGACGCUGGUGACAAGAAGGAUGCCGGUGCCGAUGACCAGGAGGCCAAGAAGAAGGAGGCUGCGGAACAGAAGCCUGCCGCUGGUGACCCCAACACUGGUAUGAAGGGGAACAGCUUCGGGUGA